AUGGAACUAAACACCGGACAUAACGACCGUCCAGAGAUGACCAAGCUUGCGGAUCCGGAGGACCUCGACCGGGCGCCAUCUGCACAAAGAUAUUCCCUGCACUCUGCCGAUGACAGUGUGCGAGCAGGAUAUAGCGCUCAGCUGACUCGCUCAAGGUCGACACUUGGCGUGACGUUCAUGAGCUUUGUGCUAGCUUCGGUGCCCUAUGGUCUGUCCACUACUCUGAUCUACCCACUGACGGGCGGUGGUCCCAGUACUGUGCUAUGGGGCUGGCUACUGGUGUGCUCAUUGAUGCUAUGUGUUGCCGUCUCGCUUGGUGAGAUCACUUCCGUUUACCCACUCGCUGGAGGAGUGUACUACCAGACGUUCAUGCUCGCGCCAUCUCGAUGGCGGGCACCUAUUGCGUGGGUCACUGGCUGGUCUUUCACGUUGGGCAACAUCAUCAUCACACUAUCCGUCAAUUUCGGCACGACUCUUUUCCUGAUCGGCUGCAUCAACGUGUUCCGAGACGAGACCGGCGCAGCUGUCUUCGCAGCAGAAGCAUGGCAGACUUACCUCAUCUUUCUGUUCAUUACGCUACUGUGCAACACAGUCUCCGCUCUUGGCAACCGCUGGCUACCGAUCCUCGAUAUGGUCGCCGUGGUUAUGACCUUCCUUGGAGUCGGUGCGAUUAUGGUCUGUGUACUCGUCAUUGCCAAAGCAGGGAGACACAGUGCAAGGUACUCUUUCGGAGAGUUCGAGCCAACCUCUGGCUGGCAGCCAUCAGGCUGGGCCUUCUGCGUGGGCUUGCUACACGCUGCAUACGCCACCUCCGCAACAGGAAUGAUCACUUCGAUGUGUGAGGAGGUUUGUGAGCCACGGACGCAAGUACCGAAAGCGAUGGUUGGCACCAUCAUGCUCAAUGCGUUCUGCGGAUUCGUUUUCCUCGUGCCUCUCAUGUUCGUGCUUCCGAAUAUUGCCUCGAUUGUCAGCGAUUCGUCAGGGCAACCUCUGCCAGUCAUUCUACGCUCAGCUAUCGGCAGCCCUGGUGGUGCGUUCGCGCUUUGCGUCCCAAUCAUUGUGCUUGGCGUUGUCUGUGGUAUUGGGUGCACUACUGCCGCUUCCAGAUGCGCCUUUGCUUUCGCUCGGUAA